AUGCGGCAUCCUGCUGACUCAGAUGCAUGGAAAAUGUUUGACAGUAAGCAUUUACACUUCUCAUCUAAUCCUCGUAAUGUCAGACUUGGAUUAGCUGUGGAUGGGUUCAACCCCUUCAGAAUUAUGAGGAUUACUAUAGAUGUGUACUUGGAACUGUUAGUAGAAAAACUAAGGGAGUUAUGGGAUGUUGGAGUACAAGCAUACGAUGCAUCUUCAAAAGAAGUAUUCCAAUUGCGUGCAGCAUUGAUGUGGACCAUAAAUGAUUUUCCUACAUACGCAGAUUUGUCGGGUUGGAGUACCAAAGGUGAGUUGGAUUGUCCUUCUUGUGCCAUGAAGACCGAGUCUCGAUAUUUGAAAAAUGGUCGCAAAUUCUGUUACAUGGGACAUCGGUGGUGGUUGGAUGUUGACCACGAUUUCCACAAAGAUGAGAAGAAUGUGAUGGACAAUAUACUAAGCACACUGUUGAACUUGAAGGAUAAAACGAAGGAUAAUUACAAGGCAUGCCUUGACUUGGCGGACAUGGGGAUAAGGAGUGAACUCCACCUACAACGAAAAAGUGAUGAUCAGUAUACCAUACCAGCCGCAUGUUUUCAUAUGACUUCAUCAGAGAUAGAUGGUUUCUUGCAAGUUUUGAAAGAUGUAACAGUGCCCGAUGGGUACGCUUCCAAUAUCUCACGCCAUGUGAAUAUGAAAGAAUGCAAGAUUUCUGGUUUAAAAAGUCAUGAUAAUCACAUAUUGAUGCAGCAACUUUUUCCCAUAGCAUUACGUGGGUCUUUGCCAUCUCAUGUUACUAGGCCUUUGAUAAAGUUAGCUUGCUUUUGUAGAGAAAUUUGUUCCAAAACCCUUACGGUUUCAGAUAUUGUGACUAGUGAGGCAGAUAUUGCAGUGACAUUGUGUGAAUUGCAAAAGAUAUUUCCUCCAUCCUUCUUUACAGUAAUGGUACAUUUGGUCAUGCACUUAGCUGCUGAAGUGAAGAUUAGUGGUCCAGUACACUACCGUUGGAUGUAUCCCAUUGAGAGGUACCUCUCACGUCUUAAGUCUUACGUACGAAAUAGAGCUGCUCCAGAAGGGUCUAUUGCUAAAGGAUACAUAGUAGAGGAGUGCUUAACAUUUUGUUCACGGAUGCACAAAAGAUUGAUAGAGGAUGAACUUCAAAAAGGCCACAAUCGUAACGUUUUCGGUGCCAUUAUAUAUAAGCACCACAUGGAGAAGUUUUAUACUUGGUUUAGGGGUCACGUGAUGUCCCUCACUGGUGCUGAUAAGGAAAAGGAGGGAGUUAGUGAUACCCUUGUUGCAUUGUCCAAAUGGCCGUAUAUUUAUGUAAAGCGGUUCAAGCAUUAUUGUAAAUGGGUUCAUGACCAACAUAGGAGAGGAUAUAGGACUGAUGAAUUUGGGUUUCCUAUGGUAAACUUUACACACUUCAUACAUGGUGGGGAUAAAAUGAUGGAUAAACCAUACGUCUUGGCAUCUCAAGUUACACAAGUUUUUUAUGUGGAAGAUAAAAGGCACAAGGAUUGGUAUGCUAUUGUUAAAACUAAAGUUAGGGACGUGUUUGAUGCUGGUGUUGGUCCCCAACAUGAGGAGGAUGACACAUAUAGUUUUUCUGAAAAUGUUCCCUACAAUAUAAAUACUAAUGAGGUUGUGAGUGACAACCUUCGUUGGGCUCGGGAUGAUCUAGAGGGAAUGACAAUUGAUGCCUCUAUCAUUGCUGAAAGAAAUCUUCAUGGAGUAAACGAUGAAGAUGAAUUUAUUGAUGAUGAGUCUGACAAUGAAGAUGACAACAAGGAUGAGUACACUGAGGAUGAGUAG